GGGCUACUUGAAUUGAGAAAAAAAGCAGCAUAUCUCUAGCUGCAUGUUCUGAGAAACAAGGGACUUUGUCUAGUUAGCAGUUAUAACAUUUUCUCAGACCGUAUGGCCAGCUAAUGUUGUGUUUUCAUGUAGAGGAUUUUGUUGCGUCAACGGUCCAGAUAGGGUUUCAAAUUUGCAGCGCCGACUUUUGCUAACGGUUUUGUUUAAUCUUCUGUGACAAAUUGCACGCAUCUGCAGUGACUUGUUUGACGUCAGUGAGCCACGAACGGUGGAACAUAAGCUAACAUGUCAGGAUCAACCCAAGGACAAGGAAGUGCAGUUGAUGUUCCACUGCCAGAAUACCAAAACCAAGAAAAUAUUCUGUCCGGACUGAGGGGUACAAUCAAAAACCGUGUGGACAACCAGGAGAACAUUGUCCCAAAAGCGCCACAGAGAACUGUCCUGGGAGCCUUGCAAAACAACAAACGCAGCAAACCUCAAACUCUGCGCGGCACAAAACAGGUGCUAUCCUGUGAAAAUGACGUACCCAAAAGCUAUGCAGACAAGCUGGGCAGCAAGCAACCAGCUUUCCAGAUUCAUGAGGAUGAGCCUGAUAGUGCCUGCUCCAAGAAACAGGUGUCCCUCAAGGCCAAGCCCUCCACAGAGAUUCCACCCCUGACACUGAACCCAACAGUUACCCUUCAUAGGCAGCCUCUCUCCUCUCUUAAUAUACCAGCAACAUGUGUAUCUAACAUGAAUGUUAGUUUUGACGAUUCUCCCAUGGAUAUGUCGGUUAUUGAAGGUGAUGAGAAGCCAGUGAACGUGGCAACGGAGUAUGCUGCAGAAAUACACACGUAUCUUAGAGAAAUGGAGGUUAAGUCCAGACCAAAAGCGGGCUACAUGAAAAAGCAGCCAGACAUCACCAACAGCAUGCGGGCCAUCCUCGUUGACUGGCUGGUGGAGGUUGGAGAGGAGUACAAGCUCCAGAACGAGACGCUGUACCUUGCCGUGAACUACAUCGACCGCUUCCUGUCUUCCAUGUCAGUCCUGCGGGGGAAGCUGCAGUUGGUCGGGACCGCUGCAAUGCUGUUGGCUUCGAAAUUUGAAGAGAUCUAUCCCCCGGAGGUCGCAGAGUUUGUUUACAUCACGGAUGACACCUACACGAAGAAGCAAGUGUUGCGAAUGGAGCAUCUGGUGCUGAAAGUGCUCUCCUUUGAUCUUGCCUCUCCCACCAUCAACCAGUUUCUCACGCAGUACUUUCUGACCCAGCCAGUCAGCAGCCAGGUGGAGAGCUUGUCAAUGUUCCUAGGGGAGCUCAGUCUAGUUGACUCGGACCCAUUCCUGAAAUACUUCCCUUCUCAGACUUCUGCUGCCGCUUUAGUUUUGGCAAAUCACACAGUAACAGGAGGCUCGUGGUCAAAGUCUCUGGCAGAGGUGACUGGCUACUCUUUAGAAGACCUGAUGCCUUGCAUAGAGGAUCUGCACCAAAUGUAUCUCAACACUGCUACGCAUGCACAGCAGUCAGUACGGGAGAAGUACAAGGGUGCAAAGUACCAAGAGGUCUCUCUCAUCGAGCCCCCAGAGAAGUUGUUAUUGAAUUGACUUCUUUCCUUUGCUCACCAAUGCUGAGAACUGGUUUAAUCUUUUUUUUUCAUGCACAUUCUAUUUUUAUUUUUUUACAUGAGAUCUGCAAUCUUUUGCAGCUCUGGGCACAAUUUAGUGAUCUUUUAUGUAUUUUUAUAUGUACAAUCCUGUAGGAUUGUCUUUUAUGCUUUAUGCAACACUGAGCUUUAAUGUAGUUAAUCAAGCAAUGUCAUCUGUCGGUCUCUUCUCAAUAGACAAAUGUGUUCAGUGGUUUUUAACUGUUAGAACGCUGUACAGAUGCAUCUUUCAGGCUGCAUUCUUGUAAUAAAACGUCAGCUUAUUUUUCCUGCAAACACAUGCUUGUGAAUAUUUCCUGAAAUCUUUCCCGGACUAGCUGUCUUGGUUUUCUGAUUACUUGAUUUUAUAUGGGCUGUGUGGACUUUAUUUAUUUUUAUAGCACAUUCUGCUCAAUGGUAUUCUAGCCAAAGUUGGACACUGAAGUCUUGUUUGGUUCAACAUUCUGCAGAACGUUGCCUUUUUUUUAAAAACAUUUUUUUAACCACUUGCCUCAUUCAAAGGUGUCUGGUUGGGAGUUCACUUGUUAUCAAUCAAGGCAUCUGUGCUGUAAAAUAUAUCUUGUAAAUAAAUUCCAUUCCUGCCAAGA